UCUAGUGGAACCUUCCCUUCCCCGGAACCUUUGUGACCGAGUCGUUGCUAGCUUCGGAGCUAUUUCACAGACGAGCCGGAAAGUCGAGGGCCUCUUGAAGCUAACGUAUUUAAGCUAACUCGUAAAAACAACAACAAUAACAACCCGUCUCCUGCAGCAUGGUGUCCAGCCAACAGAAGCGGGUGUGGAGGUACGUGGAGGAGGGCAGUCUACCGAAGCUGAAGUCGUACCUGAGGAAGCACCGGGACCUGGAUGUGAACUUCUCCCAGGGCAAGCGGCAGAGGAGCCCGCUGCACCUGGCCUGCUGUCGGGGAGACGACGCCGUGCUGCGGCUGCUGCUGGAGCACGGAGCCGGUGUCCUCCACAGGGACCACAAAGGAGACACGGCGCUGCACACUGCGGCCAACAUGGCUCUCAAACACGGGAGGACAGCGUAUGAUGACCUGGUUGUGCCCCUGAAGCAGAGCUGUCCAGAGGCCAUGACUGCUCCGAACCGUGCUGGAGUCACACCUGAAGACCUGCUGGGUUUCAUGAGACACCCAGAGAGGGCAGCAAACCCGAGUCGUCCACCUGAAACAGACCCUGAGAAGGAGUGGAUGGAGAAGCUGUUUGGUGAAUGUGAAGAUGAAUUCUGUGAAACGUUUGGAGUAUACGAUGCUGACGAUUUUCUUCCUGUCGAUGAUGAUGAGGAAGAUUUUGGGGACUGGGCCAAUCGUAUUAGGAAAGAAUAUUUUGAUAAAAAGAAUUCUGAAGCUCAAAGACUGGCAGCGUCGUCUUCAGGAUGGAAAAAAAGGAAGAGUAAACAAGAGAAUGAGCAGGAGAAGCAAAGCCACAAGGAGCUGCAUGAGAGGCUGCAGAGGGAACAUGAAGAGUAUCUGGCUCGAGCAGCACGUAAAGAGGAAGAGACUCGACAGGGCAAGAAGCGCAGGUACGACGAGAAGUGUGCAGCUACUUUCCAGGGAGGCUCCUCAGCAGGCAGCACAAAGCUGAGCUACAGUGACAUCCCCUGGCCAGCUCCCAAAGGUACAGUGCAGGAGAUGGUGGAUGUCAUGCUGCACGGUGUGGACCGCAAGGACGUGCCGGUGUUUCGUAAAAUGCUCCGGAAGCAGCAGGCGCUGUGGCAUCCAGACAAAUUUGCUCAGAGAUGUGAGACGCGGCUGGAGGAGAAGGACAAGCAGAGGAUCCUGGACACAGUCACAGCUCUGUCACAGGAGCUCAACAGACUGGCUCAGAGUCUGAGGGCUUAGACUCACUGUAGUAUUCAAACAAAUGGAAAUGUGUUCAUGUAAAACGUACAAACAAACUUUAGUCAAAGUUAUGCACAAAUGUGACAUGAUUUACAUCCAUGUCUGCAGCAGUUUGUCUGCUACACAUGUGUUGGCCACAGCAGCUGUCAGCAUUUCUUUAUAUUUGGUCCCAUUUUACAACCAGACAUCUUCCUCAGAAAUGACAUCUUUUAAUGUUGACCUAUUAAACAACACCCAUCCGUCCAUCAUUUAUACCGCCUAUACUUUGAGCAAAGUGAGGGGGGGCUGGAGCAAUUCCUAGCUGACAUUGGGCAAGAGGAGGUGUUCAACCUGGAUUUAUGACUUUAUUUCAUUUUAUUUGAUUAUUUAUUUGAAUGCACAUAAUUAUUUAUCAGUAUCCUCAUUGUUCAUAGAACUCCAAAGUACUCCCAGUUUGUGUGUAUGAAUGUGAAUGUUAGGGGGGUGGGGAGUGUCUGUAUUGAACACUGAGCAGGGGCAUGGGUUUGAGUGAUACCUCAUUAUGAAACAGAAAAAGGCAACUAAAUUGAUGUUAUCCAGAUUUCUUGAGUAAUUUGUGUAUUUUUGCUCUCAAAGCACAUCAGCGUGUCGUCAGUCACCAAAAGGACGCUCGUUCACGUGAUUCCUGACUUCAUGAAAACAUGGUAAUAAUUAAUAACAAGGGAAUAUCACCAGCAUAAAUACAGGGUUUGUCACACAAAGAAGAAGAGCAGAUGGUCGAGCUGCUUUCAGUGAGGGAACAGAGUAAGAGGAUGUGCUGGUUGCCAGGUUUGUGUGCUAACCCCCCUUUUUAAACAGCAUCUUGACAUUGUGGUACAUGAUGUGAAUCGAAACAAAGGGACUGAAUCAACAAUAUUAAAUCCUAACACACAGC